UGUGUAUUCAGUGGCGCAGCUGUCAUGGCGGACGACUCGAAGCAGACAAGUGCCUUACUGAAAAGGCACGAUCAAUUGAAGCGCUGGGACGAAUCAGAUACAAACAAGGCUGCAGACACACCGAGAGACAAACCUAGAAAAGUUAAAUUUCAAGAUGGAUGUAUAUUUUUAGCUGCAUGUUCAAGUGGAGACACCGAUGAAGUCGCAAGACUACUUAGAAGAGGGGCCGACAUCAACACUGCUAAUGUGGACGGGUUAACAGCCCUACAUCAGGCCUGUAUUGAUGACAAUCAAUCUAUGGUGGAGUUUCUGGUGGAAAAUGGAGCUGACGUGGAUGUAUGCGACAAUGAAGGGUGGACUCCACUCCAUGCCACUGCAUCGUGUGGAUUUACAGAAAUUGCCAGAUAUCUACUGGAACAAAAGGCCAAUGUAGCGGCAGUGAACAAUGAUGGAGAUCUUGCCAUUGACAUCUGUGAAGACAAAGAGAUGAGGAAGAUUCUGCAGGAAGAAAUGGACAAUCAGGGAGUGGAUGCGGAUGCAGCUCGUGCAGAGGAAGAGAACCAGAUGUUGCAAGAUGCCAAUAAAUGGCUGAACAACAAAUCUGUGAAGGAAAAGAAGCACCACAAGACGGGAGCCACCGCUCUCCACGUGGCAGCCGCCAAAGGUUACAUGAAGGUCAUCAGCAUUCUGCUGAAGGCUGGGGCUGAUGUGAACUCCCAAGAUUACGAUGGGUGGACCCCUCUCCAUGCUGCAGCUCACUGGGGCCAGGAGGAGUCGUGUAAAAUUCUGAUGGAACACAUGUGUGACAUGCAGACAAAAAACAAUGCUGGACAGACUCCUUACGAUGUGGCCGAUUCAGAUAUACUCAAACUGUUGGAGGAACUGGAGAGGAAGCAGGCUUCUCUGAAAGACAAGAAGGACUCGCAGAAUGACAUCAUUCCCACCAGGGGGCUUCACCAGAAGAGAAGGGGCCUCAGUCACACCUCAAUCAAUUGUACUUCAGACCUAGACAGGAGCUCUGUGACUCGAAUGAGCGUGGAUCAAAAACACAAUGUGAAUGUAAAAACCGUGGAACAGGAGCGUGCAGCACUAGAGGCAGCUCUUCAGUCUCCGACAGAGGAGGAAGAAAAGGUCUUCAAGAGCAGCUCCAGUUCUGCUAGUGAAGAAGAAAGCUCUGAGGAAUCGGAGACGGGUUCAAAGACGGGAAUAAGUUCAAAACCGGAAACAAGUUCAAAGUCAGACAUUGGUUCAAAAUCAGACAUUGGUUCAAAGUCAGAGAAUGGUUCAAAGUCAGACAUUGGUUCAAAGUCAGACAUUGGUUCAAAGUCGGAGAUUGGUUCAAAGUCAGAGACAGAAAAGCAAAAUGAACUCAAUAGGUUGUCAUCCAAUCAAGUGCCACGAGAGAGAGACAAACCUCCCAUCACCACCGUGGUGGAGACUAAAGACGCUCCGAAAAUUGAUGAGAAAAGGGAGACCACUCAUGUAUCCAUCAAGGACAAAAUCAACGAGGAUGCCAUGAAAGACAGCAAAGAGGACACGCCCACCAUCGAGAACAUCGGCGACUCCUUAAAGGACACACGUUCCAAGCUUAGAUUGAGAUUGAAGGAGAUAGCAAAAGAAACUGAGGAGAAGGAGAUAUCCGACAGCAAGCCGGAAAAGUCCGAUUCAACGGAGAAAAAAGAGGGGUCACGAACGGGGGUGAGUGGGCAAAUCAGUCUCACUCGCUCGCUGAGCAUGCCUGCUCAGUACCGCUCCGAGGUACCUGUUAUCUCCCUUCAGAAGCCAGGAGAAGAUAACUCCUCCACGGUACCUCUCCGUGAGACCCCGUCGUGGCGGGCCAAUUUGCGUAAAACAGGAAGUACAAGUAUGGUGAAUGAUACGAUGAACGAAAAUGACAAGAAUAACCUCCCGCGAUCUGCUUCUAGUCCCCGACUUGCCCCCAACACUAACAAUAGAAUUGAGAGUGAGAAGUCUAACCAAAGCCGACCAUUCCUGAGUACCAGUACCAUAUCAGAGAGUCGGGAGAACAAAGUCCCAGACAAGUAUGGCUCUUCCUCUGUCAGUACCACUUCCUCCACUUCCACGACAUCAACGUCACUGAGGGGAUUGAACACGUACCGAAGUCUAUCUUCAUACAAACGCUUAGAAGACCUGAAGGAGGAUUAUAGAUCAUCGCUGCCAGCUCGUGUUACCCAUCAACCUGCCACCACUGCCUCGUCGGCGCUUACACCCAGUGCCACCGUAACAACUGUUGCCUUGACAACAGGAACCACCACAUCAAUAUCAUCUUCGACAAUUACCUCCCCUUACUCUAAUUAUCAGUUUAAGAGGCCUUAUGGAAUACCAAAACGCGACGAGGAGGCUGAAACUCAGAGGAAAGCUCGGGCCAAGCGAGCACGUGAGACUCGGCGGUCAACACAGGGAGUUACCAGGGAAGAUAUUCAGAAAGCAGAGGAGGUGCUGAGUGGUACCUCGCGUACGGACGCCUCGCGUCUGGAGAGUGAGAAAAGACUAGCUGUGCCCGACAGCACAGAUAAACAUGUGAAUAAGGAGAGUGAUGGUGUGACCACUAGUGCUUCAUCUCUCAGUGAGAGGAUUACCUCCGACAACGACUCCUCCGUAGCAUUGCGACGGAAUCGAGAGGAUGAACCACGAAGCAACAGCUUUCGGAGGUCUCGAGAUUCAAAAGAUGUCACAGACUCCUAUUCUUUGUAUAUACAGAGGAUAAUGUGCUAUAUCUUGUAUACACGGAGAGACAGAAGUGAGAGGAAUGCUGUAUCAUUAGCCGACCCAUCGUCCUCGAGUCUAGGAACUAGUACGGGAUUAUCCAGGUCACAGUCUCUACGGAACCGUAUACGUAAUGGGGAGCUAGAGAGUCGAACCGAGGAGAAAUCCAAUGACUCCGAUGGAAAAGGUGGAGAUCGGGACAGUCGCCGGGAGUCAUCUGCUCUUGCUAGACGGAGGCGGAGAAAUGAACGUCGGUCGACUGGAAUCGUAUCCUAUGACAACAAAGAUGAAGAAGAAGACAAAGAAAAGGAAGAAGAGGCGAAGGAAUCUGUCGAGGACAAGAGUUCUGGUCGGUACGGACGAUACCCGUCAACGUCGGACGUUUCAGACCGUUACAGACCCAGUCCAUAUAUAGAAACCUCCAAGUCCACAACAGCAAUAGACAGCUCUCUAGAUUAUAAAAGAUUAUAUGAAGAUGAAAAAUCUAAUAGUGAACGAUUAAAGCGUGAACUAGCUGACACAAAAAAAGAACUCUUGGAGGCUAAAGGAGAACUAGACAGGCUGGUCAAGCGAAGCGAGCAGGCACGGGUAUCUGACACUAACGAAAAAAGGGAAAAAAGGGCUUUAGAAAGAAAGUUAUCAGAAUUAGAAGAAGAAUUAAAGAAAAUGGAAAUCUUAAAAGAGGACAACAAACGACUAAAAGAAGAAAAUGGUGCAUUGAUCCGGGUCAUAAGCAAGUUGUCCAAAUAAGGACCAGUUUAUGGAACCAGUCAACUAUGUCUAGGCAAUUCUCAGUGCAAUGUAUCGGACAGAUUUUGUUUUAAUUAUGUAUGUAAUUGUUAUAUGUCUUCCAUAGAAUCAGUUCAGGUUUUAGAAUAUUGUGGAUGGAAGAAAACCAGGUGUAAGAAGCUUAUUCUAGCUGGGUUUUUUUUUUGUUUUUGUUUUUUUUUAUAUUUACUUAAAAUACAACUUUUUUGUAUUAUUUAGAAUUUUUCAAAAGGCCUCCUAAUAACUGUUCGAAUUUAUGAAUGAUACCAUUUUUUGUAAAAUUAUUAUUUUAAUAUGGCAGUGUUCAGAAAAAGAGAAGAUUACUCUUAAAGGGAAAGUCAGGUCAUCUAAGCAUACACAAUAUGUUUUGAUGUUCAUUGUGUAAAUCUGCUGUUCAGUGUGCUUAUAUAACCUCACCUCGGCCAGUUGAUCUCGAAGCUUUAGGUGAUCAAAACCUUAGAAAGAAGUCUUUCACCGAUCAGAGAUGUUUAUUAUCACAGUCAAUGUGUUGUGUCUGGAAAAAAAAUAGUGCAUACAAAGUUCCGGCUGUGGAGUGAUCCACAGAUGUAAUAUAUUUGUUUCUUAUCCAGACUUUUCUGUUUUCAUUGUGGAGUAGGGGGGAAGGAGGUGGAUUUAUUUUAGUUAGAUAGUGCGUGCCCAGAAGUGUGGAGAAUAUAUUAGUCUCUCUGUUCAUUGUGAACUUUAACAAAUGAGUUAAAUGUGCUCUAUCCUAAUCUACAAGUUUUUGCAUAGAAUUUGUAAACUUUUGAAACCAUGGACAAAAAACAAUGCAACCAAUAUCUACACACUGCUUCCUGUUUGUUUUGUUACGAGAGCACUGGUAACAGUGUUCAAUAAAUUUUUUUCAUUAUUACAAUUUCUCCCUCCCUCCUUUUUUUCCAUUUUGGUUGUUUUUUCUUUGUUUUGCUUUGCUAUAUUUUUUUUUUUUUUUUUUGGUUGAAUUUUCGUCAGAGUUAAUAGAUGGGUGAUGGAGACUUGUGAUUCAGGAACCUCACCGAGUUGUACAUUUUCAGUUUUGUCGCAGUCCCCUCCCCCUUAACAUUGCAUUUAUUUUAUGAACAAUAAGCACAGUUCUCUAAAGUCUUGUAUUUUUGUUGACUAAGCUAUGUGUAAAGAUUAGUUUUAUGUCCAGUAAAUUCCUGAAUUUUGCAAAAUUCUCUUUCACACUUUUAAUGCUUUCUCCUUCAUCUUUAAACCCCAAUGACAUUUUAAGUGGCUUUGCCAAAUUUAUUUGAAGGCUAAUCUUUAGUUUGAAUUCUGAGAACCAGUGAUAUGAUUAGAGAUGUGUAUUGGACAGGUUCUGGAGUAAAGGCUGGUGAUGUUGAGGGCGUGUCCCUCUGGAAUUAAAUAGUCUGGUUAUUUGUCCAUCCAAGUUCAUUUUCUUUCCUGACUAAUACAGAUAUUCUUAUAUUUUAUUACCAAAGUUUCAAACAAAUAUUCACAUUUUUAUACUGAAGAAUACAUAUACAUGUAAUGUACGCAUUUCAUGGAAGAUUUUAUCAAUGAGAUGGCGUUUCUUAUUUUCAUUUCUGAACAGCUGACCGUCGGGAUUCUUAUAAUGUAACAGUAGAAAUUGAGAUGUACUACUGUAAAAACAGCUUUUGUGCUGAUUCUGGGCGUACUUGAUGAAGUACCCCGUAGUACCGCAAGUACCGAUUCUGAUGCUAGCGCUAUACUGUGUGUAUUGACUAACACCUAGCCCACUAGACAGAUGAAAUAACUAUAUAUAUAUAUAUAUGUAUGUAUACAUUGGCUGACUAGUACUAAUUUAUUCUGUGUAUCAGCAUUUAUUUCACGUGAUGAGGGACCUGUAGAGGACAGACAAGCGACAUGUUUUGUAUGUGACGGCCUCAGAUCCUUGUAUCAUGUAGAUAGAAUUCGUCAUAUGGUGCUAUAUAUACCACUGGUUUCCAUAGCGAUUUUUAUUAUUAUUAUGUAAAUUGUUUGGGUUUUUUUGUUUGUUUGUCUUUUUGCUUGUUUUUGUUGACAUGGUAUAAAGCUAAUCUGUCAAAUCUGGUCAUGUCACCUUUAAUCAUUCAAAAGUAAUCAUGGAGGGAUAGUGUUGUGAUUCACUCGGAAUCCAUCAAGACAGCAGAGGUUCCUGGGUCCAUCGAGACAGCAGAGGUUAUCGGGACAGGAGAAGUUUCCCGGGUCCAUUGGGAGAGCAGAAGAUCCCGGACUAAUCAGACACAGGUAAACAUGAAGCGGACUUUAGGAGCCAUCCUACCUGUGUUUAUUGUAUGUCAGAACAGCAAACCGUGAAAUUCACAGAAUGAGGACGUAAAGCAGUGUAUGAAUAUCAGUUAAAUUCACGGAACUAGGACGUAAAGCGGUGGAUUGAACAGUGUAUGGAUAUCAGUUAAAUUCACGGAACGAGGACGUAAAGCGGUGGAUUGAACAGUGUAUGAAUAUCGGUUAAAUUCUGUUUCAUGUUUCUCAGGACGAGUCACUAGUCAAUUUACGGUACUUGGAGCAUUUGGUCUGAAAUUCAGACCGAGGCCACUGGUUUGUGUAUAGUCCUUUACAUGUACAUAAUGAUCAUCACAAACAAUUCUUAUGGACUAAAACUUUGAUGGAAACUUAAAGUACCAAUAUGAAUGGGUUUUUUAUUACAGAUAUAAGGAAAGUGUCUUUCUCUGUUGGGUAUCUUUUCAAUCUACAGCAGCUGUAGAGGUAUGAAUUUUCUAACAUAAAGCUGCCACAUUGAACCUACAUAACAUGUGUUGUCUUUGUUUACCAGUCAUUGGCUCUGCCACCUCUUAUCAUCUACUGUAUUGUGGAACCAGUUCAUGAGAUUAUUGUUUUGAAUAUAUAUAUAUUAUAUAGUGCAUUGUGUAAAUCUGUUAUAUAGUUUGUUUUCUGUUGUAUUUAUAGAAAUUAUUGGAGUAGAAGAAUUCCAAAACCUCUUCUAAUUGCACACACACAGAUAAAUAUAUAUUAGAUCCUAAGUAGAAGUAAAUAUCCACACAAGUAAUAGGAUGAUUAAGAAAAAUCAGAAUGCUGAAAAUCACUGAAUCACUUUCAUUUUCCAUCUACAGAUGCCUGAGAUAAAUGAACCACCGUUUGAGUUAUUUUUGGUGUUCUGGGGUUUCGUUAUUUUCUAUAUAUAGCUUUACUUCCUCGUUCCCUUACUUUUGGCACAUUUCUCCAAGAAGAAUCAGGAGGUGGCAGAUCACGUGAUCAACCUACCCAAGAUUCCUCUUGUUAAAUGGCUGCUUUUCACGGUGACAUGUUGGACCCUGAAUUAGUAGGGGAGUAAUGAAGUUGCAGUUUAGUAUCUUUGAACGGUUUUAGCGAUUUUCCUAAAGGGGAGGUCAUGCAGAAGUGAUUUAUUGAUUGCGACUUUACACAGUUUUGGCAAUAUUUCAGCCAUUUUACAGCGGCAUUAAUUUUGUUAUUUUAUUUUCUGUGUAUAAGAUACUUCCAUGUAGUGUAUUUUGAGGUAGAAUUUACAGCAUAAUCAGUUUUACUGUGUCAGACAAUGGGAAAACUUCAGUGUCAGGAAAUGAUGACAAUUUUUCCUCAUUUUCCUACAUUUUGCGUAUUUUAAAGUUGGAUGUCUUAAGCUGUUAUUUCAAACUUCCAAAGUAAAAUACUCUACAGGUGACAUGUUGGACCUGAAAUUUGUAGGAAGAUGAAAAUUGCAUUAUUUAUAGAGAUGUUGAUUUGAUUAACUUGUGAUUUAACAGUUCAAAUUUUAUAGAAACUGGAGAGAGAGAUCUGUGGGUUUUGGUUUUUUGGUUUUUUUUUUUAUGGGAAUGAGUUAAUAGGCAAUACAUUGAAAACCUGAUUUAACACACAGCAUUUUAGAGGCAAUAUUCUAGAGGACUUUUGUAAAUUUACUUGUCUGAGCCCAAGGUAGAAAAUCUCAAGGGAAGUCCGGGGGCAUGCUUCCCACCACAUUAAAAAACAUGAUGCUUUCGGAGUGCAUUUCUGUCAUUUUUAACACUUUCUUUAAUGCCUACAAUACAUUCAUCUUUAACUUCAGUAGUCCACCAGCCAUAAGAGUUUACAAGUAGUCAUUACAAGGCUCAGACUACCGGACUGUUCGAGUAGCAUUAGUAUUGAAAUUAUAUCAAUCCAUGUCGAACAACAUUUUGAUGAAAAACAGUUCAUUGAGAAUGCCCGGGAUGCAUUGAUUACUUCUUGUUGAUGAUCAACAAUUUGUUGAAAAAGCACGGGAUGUAUUUAAUGCUUCUGGGAAUGGCUCAUUAUGUUCUGUCGGAGUAGAGUAGCAGAACUAAACGUCUUGUCUUUGUUGUGACAUUUCACGGAAUUCAAGGUCAUACUACCCAAGUCCUGACAGACAGACAGACAGACACACGUAGUCACAUGUAUACAUGACAUGUAAAUAGUGAUCAGAAAUAAUAGAUCAGGACAGGUUUUAUUGUUUGGGACUUCAGUAAUAAAAUGCCUGUUGCUGUAUAUAUAGUGUUUAUUUUUCCUGUCGGGGGGCUUAUUGUGUGUAAAAUGAUGUACAUUUUCUACGUAAUGUGGCCAUGUCGAGCGGAUUCUUGCCUUCGUUUUUAGUGAAUGACAUAUCAAUUUAAGACGUAGUAUAUUGUGUUUUUAAAUCAUUUUUGAACACAUGGACAAGUGUAGUCAUAUCAGAAAUGAUUUUUGUCAGUUGGUGAAUGGGUUGUCGUUAUGGAAAUGACCCCUGACCUUAAUCAGGAGAUAUGGAAUAUGCCUGUUGUUUGGGUGACAUGUCGGACCCAGACUGUGUUCAUAAAUGAAGUGAAUUGUUUACUGUUUUUGGAGGAUCUGAUGCGUUGUAUGUUUAUGUGUUUAAAAAGUGAAGUUCUCAGAUGUUUUAUUGAUUAAUUACUUGUCUUUCAUUAAAGAUUGUAGCUAGAUUUUUUUGUUAUAGUAAUGCUCAUGAAGAUAAAAGGAGUUGCUUUGGAAACUAUUUUUGUGCUAGUAAUUUUGAUACAAGGAUGAGAGGAAUACAUGUACAAAGAAACAUGUGGAGUCUGUUGCUAUGGCGACCCGUCACGUGACUGAUGGUUGAUAUUGUGUACGGUUUUCUGAUAUUUGUCAGUAUGUUGUGAGAUAUAAACUUUAUAUAUUGUAUGAACCUGACUGAACGAUUAGAUAUCAUAGCUGUAAAACUACUUAAUAAAUGAUUUAAAGCU